AUGCAGGCCAAAGAGUAUCCAAUAUUCAAAGUUAAGGACCUAGCUGAAGAUCUGUAAGAAGUACGCUAAGUGUUGCAAUAAUAUAAUGACUUAGUCUAAAAACAACCAGACAACAGUUUGUACAUUCAGCAAUUGUAAAAGAUAAGGACCUAUUAUUGUUGUUGUUUUUUGAAAGUAAAGAAUUUCUGUGUCUAAUUGAUGUACAACAUGAUAAAGUAGUAAUCAUUGAAAUGCUUGAAAUAAUUGAAUCCUACAGAGUAGAUUUUACAGAGACUAGAAGAAAUCAAUCUCUUGGUUGCCUUGGGAGGUGAAGAGUGGUUUUAAAAGUUGAGUCUUACUUAUAAAGGGAAGUAGGAGAAUGCGAACAAUACUGAUUUCAAAUUCAUUGAUUGUAGUCUGUAGGAUGAUUUUGAAUGGAUCCGAUGGAUGGAAGAGAGUAGUUAGAACAUAGGCGAGACUUUUGGAAUUGAAACAAAAAAACAAUAGAAGGAACAAAAGAUAAAGAAGAAAAAGUCAUAGAGUUAAUAAGUUCUGGAAGGGAUUACUGAGGAUAUGAGAUAAACUCAAAGACUUGAUCUAUAGAUCUGCUUUAAAAAAUGCUCAAAUUGGAAACAAGUAAAUGAACAACAAAUACGCAAUUUGGAAGCUCAGGUGUUCAUGGAACAGAGUUUCGAUAAGGACAAGUAUUUGAAAGAAAUUGAAAAGAUUAAAGCAGUCAUUAAGCAAAAUAAAUAGAUAGAACUCAAUUAUGAAGAGAUGAAGAAAGCCUACAAACAAUAUCUCCAUCAAAAGAAAUCAAAUAGUCAACAUACCAAUAGUAAAUAGACCUUGUAAUUGGAGAGCAUCAAAGUUAUAAAGAAAUAACAAUAGCCUUAAGUUCCCUAAAUUGCAAGUGCUUAAAAAUUAAUCUCUCAACAUUCAAUUAAAAGUGAACCAGAAUUAGAAAAGAAAGUGAAACCUGAAACUCCUAAACAACCAACUAUUAUUGCUCAACCAAUCCAAAUAGCUAAUGAUGUUCUUCUAUACAAUCCAGAUGGACAAGUAGAUACACCUUGUAAAAAGUAAAAAAAUUUAUUGAUGAACCUUGGAGAAAUUAAUUUGUAAAUUAAGAAAAAAGUGAAUGACUCCAGAGAAUCUUUUCUCAUUAAACCACAAUUAUUGACUUAUGAACAUCAUAUGGCUUAACACUUCCCAAAAACUGAAAAUAUUACUGUCACUUGUGAAUCAUUCUCCCCUGUGAAAGAAGUUAUGGAGUAUUUUACAUAGAGGAAACCAGGUCAAUUUAGAAUGAUGAUUGGAUGGUUAUAUUCAAAGGAUAUCAACGUUGCUGGAGACCUAUUUAAAUUGGCAGAUAAGUUGAAACACUCUAGACAAUGUGUUGGAACCAAGUUAGGAGAUGUAGGAUUGACCUUGAUCUACUAUGAUUAUUUGAAUAAACUUAAGCCUACGACUAAGUGGAUUAUAAUGAAGGAGGAGUUAGAGAAUCAAUUAGUAAUGGACAAUCUAACCAAAUACCAUAAUUUGGAGAAGUUUAAACCGCAUUUAUGUUUCGUGUAUUAUGUCAAGGAUUUAAAGGAAUGUACAAACACUAUCCUGCCUCAACCUGUUCAAUACAUUAAUGUGUUGAAACACAUUCAAUUCAAGAGAGUCAUUGAGAAUCAUAAAGUGCAAUAGAAAAAAUAAUAAGGGUAAUUGAUUCCGUCGAAGAAAAAAGAAUUAGAGCCGAUUUCGGAUGAGGAGAACAAUAAUGGAUUUUAGUAGAAACAAGAUGUCCAUUCAAUGCUCAUGGAAAUCCCUGGCAUCCUCAGCUUGUUAAAUUAAUGA